GUCCAGAACUAUAUAAACCAGACUUAGAAAAUAAACGGGACAUAGAAAAUUCUAUUAUGCAUACAGUUAUAUGGGGUCUGCAAGAGAGGCAAUAUGAAAUACUUUAUUGUAUCUUCCAUCCUAGUGAUUUUCCUCCUAACUUCAUCUUUGGCCCAGACGACCAUCAGUGACAGCCAUCCUCUGGAUGGGUCUGUGGGGACCCAGAGCAUCCAUAUUAAUGCCGUCCGAGGUAUGGUCAGCAUCCGAGACGACAAUGUGUUGAGUGAAUGGGAUGGACUCGUGGACUUCAAGAAUGAUCUCUUGGUGGCUAAGAUAUAUAGCAAGAUGGCUUGUGUCUUGGCCAAGAUGGACAAAGCUGUCUUCCCAACUUUGGAUGACAUUAGCAAGGCCCUGGACUCCCGGGGUUCAAAGCAUUAUCCAUCCACUCGUGGCCUGACCUACACUGUUUUACCCAACCGGGUCAAGAACUUAGCACAGUACGGAAUGCCCAUCAAGGACAUGUGCCGAGAUGUUCCUACCUACUUUGCCCAGCAGCGGAAAGAAGGUACCGCGCUGUCAGUAGACCCUGAUUCAUGUUUUGAAGUCCAACUUCUGAACUUUAUGGGGAUCUCCAUCUGCGGGGAGAUCGCUGGACUCUGACCCUCCAGGUCUGCCAUGUGGAGAAUGGACCCGCCUAGACGGGACUACUGACCUGAAACCAGCACUUAGGGCUCAGCACUCCCAUCUGCUAAUAAAAAGCUCCUUGUUUCUACCUUCUACCUUUUGACCCAAGAUCCAGCUUUGUAACCUGCAAAAGUGGGUCCCGUUUCUCCUUCUGGGUUAGAACAAUAAAGUUGCUUGCUGCACUGGUCUAGCAGAUGAUGUUCUAGCUCUCUC